AGCAGCACUAGGGUUUUACAUAUCUUCUUCAUCGUCUCUCUCCAUCUCUGAGUCUUCGUUGGGCAACUCUAACACGAGCAAUCAUGGAGUCGAGUCCAGCGUCGAUGUGGAGCUCCAUAGUGAAGAAAGAUCCUCCUCCAAAGCCUCCGACCACCGACGUAGCUCCGUCGGCGAUUCUCGGUAUGGUCGGAACCUGCAAAUCAACAAAGGGGAUAUCAAUGGCGGUUGUCGACGCCAACGCCGUCAUCGACGGACGCCAGAGCUUAACCGACUUCGCCGACAAAUUCGUAACGGUCCCUGAAGUACUCUCGGAGAUUCGUGACGCUGAUUCUCGCCGCCGUCUCGAGUUCAUCCCUUUCACGAUCGAAACCAUGGAGCCUUCUCCUGAAUAUCUCAGUAAAGUUAUUAAGUUUGCUAAAGCUACUGGUGAUAUGCAUACACUCUCUGAUGUUGAUCUCAAGCUUAUUGCUUUGACAUACACGCUCGAGGCUGAGGUUCAUGGGACGAAGAAUCUUAGAGACGUUCCUCCGCCUAUUCAAACUGUUAGGGUGAAGAGAUUACCUGAGAAGGAGUUACCUGGCUGGGGCUCUAAUGUGGCUAACUUGGAGGAGUGGGAGGCGCUUGAGAACGAGACCGAGGAGAUAUCAAACACUACUUCCAAAAUCCUUCCGCUUAAAGACCUUAACAUGAACAUCCUUCCUUCAGACAACAGCUCUGAGGUUGGUUCUGUUGUGUCUCAUACUGAGGAUGAGGAAGAAGGUGGAAGAAGGGAGAAGAGGUACCCGCCUAAGAAAACAGAGGUGAAGCUUGAGGGUAAGAUGGUAGUGGAAGGAAUAGAUGCAUCACAGGGAGGAAAUGAUGAUGAAGAUGGUGGUGAGUGGAGACCUGCGGUUAGUAGCAGUACUCACAGGAAGUUCCUUAGGAGGAAGGCCAAGUGGGAACAUUACAAUGCCUUGGCUGAGCAAGAAAUUCAGAAAGAUCAAGAAGCUGACAAAGCUGGUAACUUUGCCCAGGACACCAAUGAUCAGAUGUCUAAUGACGCUGAGGAGAACUGUGCAAAGUAUAGCGGAAAGAAUGAUGAGGAGCUUUCGUCCAUCUUAAAAGAUAUGAGGUUGGAGGAAGAUUCAUUAAAGGCUCUCCAAGAAGGGACUGAAGAAGAAACGAAUUUGAGCUAUGGCGAGGAUGAUGUUGAGGGGAUCGAUGUUGCUAGUGAGGCUGGGGAUACCUUUGAGGCAUCAUCGAUGGGAGAUGAUGGUAGCAGCGAGCAGAGUUGGUCGUUGAGAGCCUUAUCUGAGUCAAGUGUAGCUUGUAUAACCGGUGACUAUGCAAUGCAAAAUGUUAUUAUUCAAAUGGGUUUGCGUUUGCUUGCACCCGGAGGUAUGCAAAUUCGCCAACUAAACAGGUGGGUGUUGAAGUGCCAUGCUUGCUACACGGUAACUCCUGAAAUUGGAAGAAUCUUCUGUCCCAAGUGCGGUAAUGGGGGCACUUUGCGAAAGGUAGCGGUUACAAUAGGCGAGAAUGGCACCAUCAUAGCUGCACGUAAACCACGUGUUACACUUCGAGGGACCAAAUUUUCGAUACCAAUGCCUAAAAGCGGAAGAGACGCAAUCACCAAGAAUCUAGUUUUAAGGGAAGAUCAACUUCCACAAAAGUAUCUCCAUCCCAAGACCAAGAAGAAAGCAAGCAAACCGGGAGAUGAGUAUUUUAUAUCAGACGAUGUGUUCAUGAACCAUCACAGUGAUAGAAAAGCACCAUUGCAGCCUCCUGUGAGAAAAGCUAUGGCCGUUUUCAGUCAGAAACGGAACCCUAAUGACAACCAUUACUCUCGUUCUAUGCACUGUUGAUCUCUUCUGCUAUAUUGUUGCCAAUUUUUUUUUUUUCGUCUCUACACUUAUCUUCUUUUUGAUAGUUUCAAAACUAGGUUUGAAAAUGUUUAAUUUAACCUGCGAGUUUUGUCACACUAUCACCUGCGAAUUUGAGGUCAGUUUAAUUUAA